AUGUCUUCUUCACUUCUGCAAGCUAGGGCUUCCCCAUCCCUCUCUUUCUCUUCAUCCAUCUCCGCAGCCAACACCCAAUGGCGCUUUACCUCCUCGCCCGCCGUUACAUUCACUCGCCGCACAAGGAAUUACACCGUCCGUGCUAAAAUCAGAGAGAUCUUCAUGCCUGCACUCAGCUCCACCAUGACGGAGGGCAAGAUCGUCUCGUGGAUCAAGUCCGAAGGGGAUGUUCUCUCCAAAGGUGAGUCUGUUGUCGUUGUUGAAUCUGAUAAAGCUGAUAUGGAUGUUGAAACCUUCUACGAUGGAAUUCUUGCCGCUAUUGUUGUUCCUGAGGGUGAGUCGGCUCCAGUUGGCGCUCCGAUCGGUUUGUUAGCGGAGACUGAAGCGGAAAUUGAAGAAGCUAAGGCGAAAGCUGCUGGUGCUGGUAGUUCGGCUCCAUCGACGCCUGCUGCUUCCGCUCCUUCUCCUCCUCCGCCUCCGCCGGCUCCGGUUGCUGCUCCUUCUACACCAGCUGCGGCUCCUGUUGCGGCGGAUGGACCGAGGAAGAUUGUUUCGACACCAUUUGCGAAGAAGCUGGCGAAACAGCAUAAGCUGCUGCCGGAAUCAAACCUGCGAAAUCCUCGGCCGUCCCCUGCAACCGCCACCGCUCCUUCUGCUCCUGCUGCUGCUCCGGCUAAAUCCCCACCAACAUUUGCUGAAAUUCCCGGGGCUACGAUCGUUCCAUUUACCACAAUGCAAGCUGCUGUGUCAAAGAACAUGAUCGAGAGCUUGUCUGUGCCAACAUUCCGAGUUGGCUACCCGAUUAUCACUGAUGCUCUUGAUGCUCUAUAUGAGAAGGUUAAACCCAAGGGUGUUACCAUGACUGCUUUGCUAGCAAAGGCUGCUGCCAUGGCCCUUGUUCAGCAUCCUGUGGUCAAUGCAAGUUGCAAAGAUGGAAAGAGUUUUACUUAUAACAACAGCAUCAAUAUCGCAGUAGCUGUGGCUAUCAAUGGUGGUUUAAUCACCCCUGUUCUCCAAGAUGCUGACAAGUUGGAUCUUUAUCUGUUAUCCCAAAAAUGGAAGGAGCUUGUGGAGAAAGCAAGAUCCAAACAACUUCAGCCCCAUGAAUACAACUCAGGAACUUUUACACUUUCAAACUUAGGCAUGUUUGGAGUGGAUCGAUUUGAUGCUAUUCUUCCACCUGGACAGGGUGCUAUUAUGGCUGUUGGAGCUUCAAAGCCUACUGCUGUUGCUGAUAAAGAUGGAUAUUUCAGUGUGAAAAAUCAAAUGAUGGUAAAUGUUACUGCUGAUCACCGAAUCGUAUAUGGAGCAGAUUUGGCUGCUUUCCUUAAAACAUUUGCAAAGAUUGUUCAAGAACCAGACAUGUUGACAAUCUAA